AGUACAGUAGUAGCCCACAAUCACUAACGCAUACAGUUUACUGGAACUUCCCUCCUCGAAGCCACCGCUGGUAAAAUUGACGGCCAAGAAAUGGUAUUCUCGUACAUUUGUCUUGUGAUUCCCACUAUAAAUAGCACCCAGUAGUUUUGUCAACUUCUAUACUUAGAGCUCCCCGUAUUCAAGAAAUCAAAAUCUAGUGGAUUUUUCUAUCAUCUUAAUUUUCUGAUCUCUGCAAGCAACCAUGUCUAGCACAGCCGGUCAGGUCAUUCGUUGCAAAGCCGCGGUGGCAUGGGAGGCAGGGAAACCACUGGUGAUUGAAGAAGUGGAGGUGGCACCACCACAAGCUAACGAAGUUCGUUUGAAGAUCCUCUUCACCUCAUUAUGUCACACUGAUGUUUACUUUUGGGAGGCAAAGGGACAAUCGCCAUUAUUUCCUCGCAUUUUUGGUCAUGAAGCUAGUGGAAUUGUGGAGAGUGUUGGUCCUGGUGUGACUGAUCUAAAACCAGGUGACCAUGUCCUUCCUGUGUUCACUGGAGAAUGCAGGGAGUGCCGCCAUUGUAAAUCAGAAGAGAGCAACAUGUGUGACCUUCUCAGAAUCAAUACCGAUAGAGGUGUUAUGCUUGCUGAUGGCCAAUCAAGGUUCUCUAUCCAAGGGAAGCCCAUUUACCACUUUCUGGGCACCUCUACUUUCAGUGAAUACACUGUUGUUCAUGUCGGUUGUGUUGCCAAGAUCAACCCUGAUGCUCCUCUUGACAAAGUUUGUGUACUCAGUUGUGGAAUCUCUACAGGUCUUGGUGCCACUUUGAACGUUGCGAAACCCAAAAAGGGUCAGUCUGUUGCAAUUUUUGGAUUGGGCGCUGUUGGCCUUGCUUUUGGUUUCUAUAGCAACCACAAAAAGACCUUUAAAGGUAACCUCCCUUUCUAUGUGAUUUUAGCUCAGAAGGCAAGAAUGGUUCUGGAGCUUCAAGGGAUAAUCAUGGGUUGGGGUGUUGCUGUACUUGUUGGAGUCCCAAACAAGGAUGAUGCAUUCAAAACUCAUCCCAUGAAUCUGUUGAACGAGAGAACUCUGAAAGGAACCUUCUUUGGCAAUUACAAGCCUCGCAGCGAUCUUCCUUCUGUUGUUGAGAAGUACAUGAAAAAGGAGCUAGAAGUGGAGAAGUUCAUCACUCACUCUGUUUCUUUCUCUGAGAUUAACAAAGCAUUUGAAUAUAUGUUGAAAGGAGAGUCUUUGAGGUGCAUUAUUAGCAUGGAGCACUAGAAAACUAAAUGAUGUCUGUUCGUUGGAGACAAUGUUAUCAGGAAUGCUUGUUACUAUUAUUACUAUGAGGAUCUUUUUAAGUUUGUGAAGAGAUGAAUAAGUAGCCUUUGCUUGCUUGUCCCCAGCUUUGAACCUAUGGAAAAGUUUUUUAAUGUGGAUAAAUUGUGUCCUUUUCUUUGUUGUUAAUUCUUGGCUUUUCUUUCUGUUUCACUCCUUCAAAAUAUGAGGUUUAUUCCAAUAGCUAGAGUUGCUGUGAAUUUGCCAAGUGUAUGCGGUCGGACAGCGGGAAUUCCGAUCCAUUUUUGAAAAUGGUCUUGAAUUUUCUAUUUCGAUGGAUAUUAAUUUAAUAGUUUGGUUUUGA